UGUAAACUUUUACACCGCCUGCCGCUUCUUCAUGGUGUAAGCAUUACAGUCACGUGUCUCCGCACCUCUGGUGAGUGCCCCCUGUUGUUUAUUAGUGAAAGUGCAGUAAGUAUAAGACCUUUAGGAGAAUAAGAAAGAAUUGUGCCGUGUUUAGAGCCAAUUCAGUGCUACAGCGUAAAUGACGAGAAGGAAAUUCCUUCACGUUUCUGGUCAUGUGUAGUGUUGAGCGGCAUAGGCCAUAUUCGAAUUUCGUCAUAUAUCCGCGAAUAUUCGCAUAUUCGUGAUAUUCCCGUUUUUAUUUUCGCAUAUGCGAAAAUUUCGCGCAUGCGAAAAUUAGCAUAUACAAAAAUUUGCAUACGCGGAAAUUCGCACACCAAUAAUUACGAAUAUAUGGCGCUAUCUUCGCGAAUAUGCGAUAUUCGCGAAUAAAAUUCGCAUUGCCAAUAUUCGCGAGCAACACUAGUCAUGUGAUGUUCGUUCAAGCGGGAUUGGCAAAACCUGAAAUACUUUUACUCUGGUAUUUACUGGGUGUUCCUACGUGUCCUAUUAAUAUCACUGUCACUGACAAUGGUAAAAGGGGUACUCCGCUGCCCAGGGUUUGGAACAAACUAUUCCAAAUGCCGUAGCCGGCGCCGGGAGCCUGUGACGUCAUAGCCCCACCCCUUUCAUGACGUCACGCCCCGCACCCUGUCACGCCCUCUCCCAUAGACUUGCAUUGAGGGAGCCGCUCACUCACUCACUCACACUAUAUACAAUGCACAAGCAACGCGACACUCCAGAGGGAAGGAUGUCCUGGCUGGUACUGCUGGUGCUCUUCUCCGGUCUUGAUACAGCAGAGAUCCUCAUAGAUGUAACUGCCCAGCUGGGCUCCGACCUCCACCUUCCUGUGGACGAUGCCUGUCAGUUCAAUGGCUCCUAUCAUUAUGACCUUUUUAACUCCAAACACAAUAGGAUUGGUGUAUAUGACAAGGUUGAUCUCACACCGAUGAUUGGAUACAAGAAUCGUCUGACAUACAAUCAUGACACCUGGAUCCUCACCCUGAAGAACCUGACUGCACAGGACGGGACCAAAUUCACUGUGACCCUGAAGAAGAACAUCAACUCAAAAUCAACACCACAUCAUAUACAAUACCAGAUCAUCAUCAACGAUCCUCUGACGUCUCCCCCACAUAAAGAAAGUACGACCCAUCCACCAGCAGAAUUUCCCAGCCAAAACACAUCCCAGAUCUCUACUGAUGGCCUCCUCGGGUUCGCCUUGCUCUGCGUAUCGCUGGACAUGACUGUUAACGCCUUGUUCCCAAUGGUGCUUGGGAAAAUAUCCAAUUUCUGCCGUUGGAAGUUAAAUGGAGAUUGGGUCAAUUUUGGUUAUCAGAUCAAUUCCUGUUUUACUUUCACAUUUCAAACCUUCAGCGUCAUCUCCUUGUACAGAGGAAACUCCUAUGGUUGGCUCCUGUUGCUGGCUCCCAUCAUUCUGCUGAUUCCCACAUUGAUUGGCUUGUUGAAAUGUUUCGGACGGCUAAGUGAACGUGUUUCAAAAGUUCUUCAGAUUUGUGACAUCAACAACAAGCCAGCUCUGACGGUUUGGAGCUUUAUAAUGCUGGCCAUCCAGAUCUCCUUUCCAGCCAUUAUUUUGCUCUUGUACUAUAAGUUCGACGAUUACUUUUUAACCUUCCUUGGAAAAUUCUGGUACUGGCUGUGCAUUUCAGUCCUGGUUUCUUUUGCUUGGAAAACUGGAGUCUUCUUCUGCGCCUACUGUUAUAAAGAUAAGCGGCAGCGCCAGUCUUCAUUUGCUCCUAUAAAUGGACAUAAAAACAAUGGACCUCAAAUCGCACCUGGUGACCCUGAAGGCAACGGGGAAGCUCAGGAGUUAGUCCAACUGGAGCUGCAGAAAGUGGACGCCCAACAUUAGAUUGUCUGGUACUGCUGUACAGGGGAUAGACUGCAGACACACUGCAGAGGGGUUGUCAUCUAUACUAAAAGACUGUGAAAGCUGCUAUUUCUGGCCUACAGAGAGCCUCAAUAGGGGUGUAGAACACUUUGCCUUGCUGUGACACGCAGAGGGUGUGUGCUGGUUUAGUGAAACAAUACUGUUAUUCACUAUGACAUGCAGAUUCUUUUGGAAAUGUCCUUCAGAGAAUGUAGUGACAAGAGUUACCUUCCAUUCUGGAAUUCUUAACUGGCUUUUAUGUAUAGCAAUUAUUUAUUUAAAUUAUAUUUAAUAUUAUUUAAAAAUUUACAAGUCACUUUUUCAUAAAUUAUAAAAUGUCUUUAAACAAAGUCUGCAAACUACAAGGCUCUUAUAAGUGCUAAACAUUGUUACAUGAUGUGCAUUACAGACAGAGCUGUAGCUAGCUCUUUUUGCUCCUGAGGCGAGAACAGAAAAUAACAGCGAUCUUAUAAGUGCUAAACAUUGUUACAUUGUUGUAAUACCACACACAACCUGAGGACAGGUGGGACACUGUGGUCACUGUGGUCAACCAAGCCCCAUUCAGAAGGAAAGCUGGGGCCCCGUAUGGUAGAUCCCACAAUCUACCAUACAGGGGCCCAAACAGUAGGACCCCCCGCAAACUGAAACUUAUCCUUUAUCCUUAGGACAGGGGAUAAUGUUUUAUAUCCCAGAGUACUCCUUUAAAGUCAUUUUAGAAAAUUACUUUCCUGAUGACAACUACACCUAUUUAUUAGGCAGCAUUCAUACGAAAUACAAGUAUAUCCCCCCUAUUCUCUCCUAAAAUAUAACAACCACUAUCGUUCUCUUAUACAUUACAAAAUUUACCAAAAUUUUACCAGCCAGCAUUAAAGUUCACUGUAGCAAAUAUGAAUGUUGCUUUAUCCCUGGGUAAUGCAAUGUUUUUAGUGUUUUUAUUUUUUAUUUUUAUUAAAUAAAUAUUUAGGGUUCAUUUUUUUUAAAUAAUAUUAAACGUUUACAAAAUAUUUUUUAAAUAAUAUAAUAUAUUUAUAUAAUAUAGGUUUAUAUAUCUAUAUCUACCUUUUAUAUUUAUGUUUUGUUUUUGUUUAUUUUUUUUGUAUUUAAAUGGGCAAAUUGAGGGCGGGGCUCUCUGUUAUGGCAAAAAGAAAAACCAGAAUUUUGUAAUACGUUUUCAUGUAAACUGCACUUUUGUAUGAAUGUAUCUACCUGUAAAUAUGAUACAGGUUGCAGGGACACCCACAUCCUGCCUCCAGCCUACUUACCUGUAAAUUUGAAACGUCUUUCUCUAAUAAGUUAUAUUUGUAUAAGCUUUUAAUCCUUGAAUAAAUUACUGUGAACCUACAUUAUGUCUGUUCUUCACUAAUCCAGGACCGCAUUGUC